AUGCUGGACAUCUCGGAGGACGUGCACACUUUUACGCUUUUACGCACAAUCACUCGCUGACCGCUCUGUUGCGCUUAAAGGCAUUAAAAUAAAGGAUAUCAGCGCGUGCGGUUUGGAGGAGUCUGGAAGGAGUUUUGGAGAAGUAGGAGGAGGAUUGUGCUCGGGGUUUUUUUCCACUUCUUUUUUUGUGAAUGGAGAUGAGUCGUGCGUAAAAAUCUGGACAUCGCGUUUAAGAGCAGCGCUGUCACUCUCCCACCUGUUGGCAGGUGGUGUUGGCUUCACCCGCGGACAUCUACUAUGACAUUGGGUUUGGACAUCAUGGAGGAUAUUGUUAUCGACGUAGUAGGGGAAGGACUCAAAGACAGCGCAGAGGAGCAGCUGUUACCUUUGGAUGAGUCGCGCAGCACCGAGACUUCCAGCGGACAGAGCAAAGAGGGGGACGCGUACAGUCCCGACCCGGCGUGUCCUUCUCCUGCUAAAAGCAAAGGUCCCGCGUCGGUGAAGCCUCCGUACUCUUACAUCGCGCUGAUAACGAUGGCGAUACUGCAGAGUCCGAAGAAGCGGCUCACCCUCAGCGAGAUCUGUGACUUUAUCAGCCACCGCUUCGUGUAUUACCGGGAGAAGUUUCCCGCCUGGCAGAACUCUAUCCGACACAAUCUGUCGCUCAAUGACUGCUUUAUAAAGAUGCCCAGAGAGCCCGGGAACCCCGGGAAGGGCAACUACUGGACGCUGGAUCCAAACUCCUCGGACAUGUUUGAGAACGGGAGUUUCCUGCGGCGGAGGAAGCGCUUCAAGCGGCAGCAUUUCCGCUUCGACCCGCUGAAGGAGCAGCACCUGGAGCCCAGCGGGCUGCACAGCUUCCCGCACGGCGCGUACGGGAUCGGCGCCGCGGCUCUGCAGCUGCCCAGCCUGGAGCUUUACCCCUACCUCCAUCACCACGCGCACUCCCCGUGCGCCCCCGCCACCAUCCCACCUGUCAGCAGCAUCCUGCCGGCCCUCUCCAGCUUCUUCUCCCGCAGCGCGCUCACAGCCAAGGCGUUCCUCCAGGCGCAGCCCGGCAUCGACGCCUUCUCCCCGGCACAAUGUGCCUACUCCUCUCCUCUGACCUCCAGCGCUGCCUACGCGUCUCCUGCGCUCUUCCACCCCGCUGCGUCCCCGCACUUCCUCAGUUUACACCAGGAGUAUCAGAAACUACAGACUCAGCGAGGCACCGUGGACCUCUCCAAACACAAUGAAUAACCAGCAGCGACUCUGAACUCGUGUUUUCUCAGGUAACAGAGACAGUUUCAGCAGAUUUACUCCAGCGAUGAAUCUGCACUCAAAGAAUGUUGUAGAUAUGUUGAAAAAAACCCUCUCCUUUUCACCUUUAUGGCAAAAAAACUUUUUUAUUUUGACCAUGAAUUAUCUUCUUUUUGUUUAAAUAUUUAAAUGACGAGUUUCCUUUACUUUUUUUUUCUGGAAAGAAAUAAAACUCAAUAUUUAAA